CCUUAAGCACAGAAUAUCAGAUACGUACUGGAACGUAAAAGCGCAAACGAUAUGAAAUGACGAGAUUCUUCGAUCAUGAGACUUUCAAAAUUUCACUCCGCCGUUCAGUUGAAAUCUUUGUCAGCUCUCGUGAGGAUACUUCGAGGGAUGCUGAAUGGAACGACCUACUACGCUCCGCAACCCCUACGUCCUUAGGGAAUGAAAAGACAAGGUCGCCUGAACGAAGAUGUGUACAGAAUCGUAGAAUUCUUGCUGAGGCUUCUUUUGGCUUUAAUUUUCAGCGAUUGGGGAUUUACGAGAAGCCUUGGUCAUCAACCCUCUCGGUGUUACCUCAGUGAAGGGUGCUGUCGAUACCUUGACAGGGUGUUAAAGUUGCGGACGAAGGUCUGGGAAAAGAUUGAUAUCAGACUGGAUGAACGCUAUUAGUUUUUAAUACAAAAUGGGCUAAAGGUACAGACUACAGGAUUCCAUGGGUGAAUUCCCUAAAACAUGCAAAAGUAAUGCGGGACUAUGUUCACAUUGAAGUUGAAUCUACUAUUGAACGUUGAACGAAGUUAACGCAAAGUCUAAGAAAAAUGAGUGUG